AUCCUUGUUUUACUUGUCACUUAAAUCAUCAUUUAUCAGUUGAAAAUAGAUUCUGUUGCGUUUUAAAAACUAUCUGCAGCUAAUUAGUGAUGCCCAAUCCUAAAGGACUGUCGAUUAGACUUAAGAUUCCGACUCGUGUGCAGCCCGAGGUAGUGCCGCCGCCGGGCAGGGCUGGCGAAUAUACCAAUAAGAUACAUCACAUGAAUAAGUAUUUGUUGGAAGAAUUGUGUCAGCAGGAGUUCGCGCUGCCUUUCAUGGAGCCAGUGGACACAAAGGCACUUAAUGUGCCUACUUACUACACCAUCAUCGAGCACCCAAUGGACGUGGGCACCAUUAUUAUGCGAGUGGAGAAUAGAUACUAUCGAAGUGUCCAUGAACUUAUCAACGAUGUCAGGCUGGUGAUAAGGAACUGUUUUACAUUCAACAUGCCAGAGGCGACUGUCUAUCGCGAUGGGCAGAAGUUGGAAAAGCUCUUUCUCAAGGUGCUCGAAAAACUGCCAACGGGAGAGGAGGUACCCUACGACAAGGACAAAGCCGAAAAGUCAAUAAUGAAGCGUCAAUGUCGAUAUAGGUUAAGAAAGCUACAGGAACACACCGAUCAGAUGGAACAGGAUGGCCAGGAAUUGUUCCGCGAAAAGUGGAUGCCCUUUGCCGAAGAGAUGCACAAGCGUAACAUCAAAACGCUGGAGGAUUUUGAUAGCCAACUGGACAACAUUCUGAAGCACUGCCAUGAUCAUGGGAAGCGCAUCCUUGAGUCCUAUGAACAUGAAGCCAACCGGCUUAUAGAAGAUGAGGAAAGCGGAGACAAUGAGAAUGUAAGUGAUGAGGCCGGUAGCAAUAUGUGGCCCUGCCAUAAGCCCCUGUUUGACUGGGAAGACACCAUAAUCGAUGCCCUCGAUGAUACGCUCAUUUGCCUGAAGCAGGACGUCGUCAAAUGUCGUCUGGGUGAGCAUAAGAAGAAUAAGCAAUCCUACAGUGAGAUCCUUCUGCCUAUAUUUGUCAACGCUCAGAUUAUCAGCGAAGGUCUGUGCUCGCAAACGAAUCUGCCCGACUCCUCCGAUGAGGAGGAAAUCGAAUGGCAUCCGGAUCGCGUCAGCGAUAAGGAACGUCAUGCCAUACGGCAACAGUUCAGCAGUCUAAUUCCAGAAGCCAUAUUCGAUAUAAUGCACAUCAUUGAGCAGGCCGAAUACCGGACCGCGAGCAACGCUGACCGUAAAUAUAAUAUGAUGUACUUUAGUCCCCAGACGAUAGUCCUCAUAAAGAAGGCCAUUGAAGCGCAAAAUAAGGCCAGCCUGAAGCACGAAAAGGAACAACAAGACGUGGAAAUGCACGGCGAGCAGCAAGAUCCGGGAGAGCUGGAUAAUAUCAGAGAUCAGAAUUUAUAUUAUACAAAAACAAACACAGAUUUUGUAGGACACAACAACCAUAUAGGAGAAUACAAAGAGCAGUAUGCCGGUGGCAACCGUUUGGAGCAGCAUCAGCAGGCAAUACCAAUAUACUACCUUUCCUUGCCAGAGGCUGACCAGCAAAAGGUGGAGGAAAACAUAAUGCGGGUCCUAGACGAUUCUAGGGGCGGCAUGGAGUGGGAGGUGUUGAGCGACUGUGACUCCGAUGCCGAUGAGAACGACUGUAAAGACAAUGCGAACAGCGGCUGUGAUGACAAUGGAAACGACUGUGAUGACAAUGAGAGCUACGACUGCGACUCUAAUGAAAAUGACGAUUGUGACUCCAACGAGAACGAGGGUGAUGAUGAUGAAAACAACUACUGUGCCACCAAUAUGAAUGAAGACUGUGAAUCCAAUGAGAACGACGAUUGUGAUUCCAAUGAGAAUGGCGAAUGUGACUCUAAUGAGAAUGACGAAUGUGACUCUAAUGAGAAUGAUGAGUGUGACAUCAAUGAGAACGACGACGGCUACUCCAAUGAAAAUGACGGCUGUGACUCCAAUGAAAACGACGAAUGUGACUCUAAUGAGAACAAUGACUGUGACUCUAAUGAGAACGAUGACUGUGAUUCCGAUAUUAACAACGACUGUGACCCCAAUGAGAACGACUAUUCCUCCGACGGUGAAAUUGAUGGCCAGCCAUCAAGCCAUGCAUAUGCACAAUAUAAUAAUGUUACGCACAGCUAUUAUCAUUAAGUUCUCUGAUAUCAAAUUAAUAAUCCAAGUUAUUUUUACGAAUUGCAAAAUGCGUAAAAGACUUUACCAAUGGGGAAAAAUUAAACACAUAGUGUAUCGAAAAAUGAUUGAUUUAUUUCGAUUUCAUUUGACAUUUUUUCGGAGUUUUUUGUUUUCUUAACGUUAACUUUUCUAAUGCUUCUGCAUUUUUGUUCUUAUCAAAAUACUUUCUUGUUUUGCUUCAAAUGAUGGUGUCGGUCAUGCAUAUAGAGCUUAUAUAAUUUGUAAUUAAAAAUGUAAACUUAUUGUACCACAAUGAAAUAA